UUGUGCAUUAACAUUUAAAAACAAAUAGAUUUAUAUAAUAUUUCCAGAAUGAAAAUAACAUCAUGUCGUAAUUUCAUCCCGUAUUCCAAACGUGUUUGGCGGGUAUCGCGUUUUUGUGUACUGUGUAUAUAUUCCAGCAUAUAAUAGAAGCAGCAUGAGAAAUAAGACUAAGAUCUUUUUGUAAGCUUCAUAUCUCACAGUAGAGUUUAUUAUACUGCACUAAUGCAUCUAGGAUUUUUCUGUCGGUGAUUUUUCUUUUGCUUUGUUAGCUCUUUAUGACUGUUUUCAACAGUAUACCGUGUAAUAUCCGAGGAGGGUUUAUUGAGAUCUGAAACUAUGACUAGAGAAGCACGUGUGGAGUACGGAGAUAAACCGAUUCAUGAAAUGAAAGAAAACAAACAAAGGGACGAAAUCCUUGAUUAUUCUUCAACUGGCCUUUACGAACUGAUACUUGACAAAACACAUUGCAGUUUGCAAAUCCUUACACAGCUUAUCAUUGACUUUAACAGUAUAUCAGCUCUUCCUGAUGACUUUGUUAAUUCCCUUCCAAACCUGGAAAUGUUGUCAGCAAGUGGUAAUGACAUUAAAGUUUUGCCGCAAAAUUUUGGCGCACUAAAACGUUUGCAAAAAGUAAAUCUUUGUGAGAACUGUUUAUCGAUACUUCCAGAUUCAGUUCAGCACUUGGAAAAUCUUCAAGUCCUUCGACUGACAGGGAAUAAACUAGCUUGUCUGCCUGUGGAUUUUGGUGAAAUUGGUGGACUAGAGGAGCUACAUAUUGAGGAAAAUGCACUCACAUGUUUUCCACCUACGUUUGCUCUACUAUCAAAACUGAAGAUUCUUGAAGCAAGUUAUAAUAAAAUCCACAUUUUGCCCCGAUAUAUUGGCAGCAUGGAAUCCCUCCAGUCGAUUAAUCUAAGCCACAAUCUUUUAAAGGAGAUCCCAAGAAGUUUUGCUGAGCUACAACAUUUAUCUUGCAUUGACUUUUCACACAAUAAACUUAAAGAGUUACCUGAGACCAGCAGGUCUCAACACACACUGAAAAAAUUCUUUGCUGGAUUUAAUGCUCUUGAGUGGAUUCCAGAAUGGCUAGGACAUCUUCCUGAACUGACAAACCUUUGCUUACGAGAAAAUUUGCUGUCAGGACCGCUUCUUCCAGCUGACAUGGGAAAGGUGUGCAAGAAACUACGAUAUUUGGAUCUCUGUGGCAACCACCUGACAGAAUUACCAGAAAGUUUUGGGGAACUGGAAUGUCUGGAGUAUGUUCAUUUUGGAAGCAAGUUUGAUGAACUUGAAAGAAAAGACUGGAUAAAUGGAAACUGGCUCACCAAGUUGCCAGCUAGUUUUUCACAGCUACAUAAUCUGAGUAAUCUCCGGCUGGAUGAAAAUCAGCUUCAGUUCCUCCCAGAAGACUUUGGAUUGUUAUCUAAUCUAGAAAAUCUCAAUCUAGGACAAAAUCUGCUAUUUGAUCUUCCGGAGUCAUUUGGAAACCUGAGCAAGUUGCGAGUUUGUCUUCUGUCUCGAAACAACAUUGAACUUCUUCCAAGUUCUUUUGGAUGUCUCCAGGGACUUGAAGAAUUGCGUGUUGAUAAUAAUCGGCUCGCUGAGCUUCCGUUGUCAUUUAGUAACCUGACACAGUUGAAGGUACUGGAUCUUUUCAACAAUCGGCUGCAAGAAAUCCCCGACUGCCUUCCUCUUCUGAAACAGCUUAAAUUAUUGGAUUUAGACCAGAAUCCCAUUCAGAUGCCAAAAAUGAAAAUACCAAAAUUGGACUUGUCUAUUAAUUAUCCUUCACGAAAUCCAAUUUACAAAGGUACCUGGAGGGGACGACCAAGGACUGGAGUGGAAGAAAGUUUAUAUAUUAAGAGAUACAAAGACACUGAUGUCUUCAAUGAUCGAGAAGCAGAUGACCAGGAUACAACUGAUGCAAAUUUGACUGAAAAAGAAGAUGAAUUGUAUGGUUCGGAGGACCUGCCAUUCAGUUUCAAUGUGAUGAAGCUGGCAGCUGAAUCGAGCUUGUGGAAACGGGUACCUUGGCGAUCACAUUCUGGUCCAGAUGUUCGACCUAUCUUUAGCAGAGACAUUCAAGAGACAAACCCAGCAGACUCGUCGAUGAGUGAUUGUUCAAACAAUCUCAGUCUACCAGGAGAUCAAGAAAGUACAGAGACUGAUGAACACAAUGUUGAAGAGGACUGGAUCACUUUACAGACACACGAAGAUGCACAGGAUAAAGUUGUGGCAUACCCCCAAAACCAGUCUGGGGAAUGUGAAGCUUAUACACAGGAAAACUGGGAGGAAAAUUGGGAUGAUGAGUUAGAGAAAUCUUCUGAGAUGUACAGCCCCUACGACUUUGGCCUCACAUCAGCCAACACAAGCUGCUACAAUCCUACAAUAGGGGCUUUCUUCUGGGAUCCUUCAGCUCUUCAUGCCCCAAAUAUUAAUCGUGCUGCUGUUUCAAGGGACAGCACGGAUUAUGUAGAAGGACAGUUCAGUGAUGCUGAGAAUAGUUGACGUGUUCAUAUUUUGGAAAGAACUUUGUCUGAGACUCACAUGGAUUUAUCUCUUGUUUGCUAUCAAAUAUACUGCCUAAGACUAACUAGAUAGGUUUCAAAUAA